GUGAUUAAAUUUAUUGGAAUUACAGUUAGGAAUGUAAUUUGAAUUGUAUCAUAGGAAGGAAUUGAACUUAACGGUAUUUCCGAUUUUCUUAACGUUUCUCACCUGCUGUUUUUAUUAGAGGUAUUGAGGUCUUUAACUUGUAAUUAUUUUAGUUCUAAUUAAACGUUCCUUAUGCGUUGCAAUUAACAGUACCAUGCAAAACGACCCGGUUAUUAUUUUAAUAAUUAAUAUAUUACAUACUUGAUAACCAUAUCGCAUUUGUAUUCCAUCGCAAAAUAGAUACACACAAAUUUACCAACAAGUAGGAUUCUCAUAAAAUCGGCUAGUUAUGUAAUGUUGUUCUGUUGGUGGAAAACUGAGGACGCAGUGCGUUUGAUUCGUUAGUAACUCAUUUCAUCUCCACCAUUAGGAUCAGCAUGAUCGUAACUUAUCAAGUACCGGGUUUAAAUUCAAAUGUUUUUUGUAAAUUAUUGUUACUCAAUAAUUUACCUUUUGACUGAAGAGAAUCGUCAUGAAUAUAUGAAGGAAAUUGAUGAUGGAUGUACUUUUUCGAAAAAUCUGUAUAAAGAAAAUACGAUAUACGAAAACGAAAAUAGACUAUGAUAAAGAUACUCGAAACAAGGUACCCUAGCUAUUCGUAACAACACAGCUGAUUUUCGUCUACAAGGGCGCCAGCCGCGCCAGUGCGUCAUAAUUCGAAGUGUCCGAGAUUUUUUUUCGGCAAAUAUCAUUUUCAGAACUAUGUGAUUUUAUAAAUAAGAUUAAUUGUCAUUAAAAUAUAUGAAUACUGGAGUGAUGGCAGUACUGAUAGAUACGUUAUUCGGCCUUCUAUUGAUUGUUGAAGACUACAAUACAUGAUUCAUCACGAUCUACAAGGUUAAGUUAUGCUCCAAAUCAGGAUAUUAAGGGGGCAUCUUAUGUUGCAAUGCAAGAGGUUGCUGUUGAAUACAAAAUACUUUAAACAAUGUCGACAAAUCGUUUUAUCAAAGCACCUGUUGUUCAAGUCAAAUAUCGAGCUGCCUUUAAUACUAAGGGCCAAUCGAGCAGGUAGCGAGGAAUCUGAUGAAUUCUUACAAGAAAUGAAGCAUUCUCCAAUUAUACAAUUGUUGGAUGAAAUUCAUAAUCCUAAACGUUUUGAAAAAUUAAAUUCCUCUGAUGUAAUGAUGAUGCAUAUAAUCAAGUGUGAAACGUUAUCCACAUUAUUCUCUUUUGUACGAGAGAAUAGUCAUAUUUUUAAUGCUGCCCAUGUAUGUCAUGCUCUCUUGAUGACCAGAGAGCUUCAAAGGAACAACAAGGAAGCUCGUAGUCUAUUGUCUGAGAGUAAUUAUGAUUAUAUUCAAAUCUUGGACUUAGUAUCACAUCAUAAUAAAGAAUUUACUCUGGAUGAAGUAACGUGGUCAUUACUUGCAAUAGCUGCGUCAGAAGUUCCUGUACAGAAUGAAACCUUCCAGCUUCUGCUUUCUCGUUUUCAUGAUUAUGUGGAAAAAUUGCAAGAUGAUAUUCCUCUCAUCAACCUAGCACGCUAUUCAUUAGCUAUUCAGAAUUUUGCACUGGAACAUUGGACAUACUGUAUCUCUCUGCCAAUAUUCAACUUGGUUUUAAACAAACUCCAUGGAUGUACAACUGCUGUAGAUAUGUACUUGUGUACUCUUUGCUUAAACAUUCAGCGUGAGCUUGUAACAGAUUCUGUCCUGUCCAGUUAUCAGAUGGUUGUUCAGAACUUGUUGAAUAAAAAUAAGUUACAUGCUGGUAAUUCAGAUAUUCUUCUUGCAAUCUUGACAUUUUUAAAUCGUCCUGACUGGAGACUUCAGUGCAAUAAUACCAUGAGGAAUAUUAUGCUUCAAUUUCAUGGAAAGGUUCAUCUUUUAGAUGUAAACAUACUUGUCGAACUCAUCAAGAUAUUUUCGAAGUUACAAGAGCCAUCCUGCCUAUUAGACGAAUUCCAAAAUAGCGCAUUCAAUUUUUUAAGCGAGAAUGUGAGCACAACAACAAAAUCAUCCCUAGCUCGUUAUUUAAUUCCAUUUACAUUUGGCCCUUCGCGUCAAAAAUUUCAAAAGCUUCUGAAUAAAAACUUGCACAUUCAAUCAACUGAAAAUGAUAUAUCAGUUCAAAACUUUGUAAAACUCUACCAGACCUUCAAAACCCCUGUAAUCAAUACAUUUUACACAAUUUGGACAAAGAUGCAAUCGUUAAUAACGUCUAAUAAUCCAGAAGUUAUUGAACGACUUCUCCAACUAUGUUUCAGUUACACUUAUUACGUUGAUCGAUACAGUAACCUUCAUCGACAUUUAGGUUUCGAGAAGGAAAUGUUAAAAUGGCUUAUGAACGAUUUGCAAAAUGGAGAGUGCAACUUUAUAACUUGGAAAUGCACGAGAGCAACUGGUUUUACACUGGCUUAUUAUCCAACAAAUGAAUCAAAGGAUGCGAUUCCUGAUAUCGUCAUUGACAAACUACUCUCAUUCUCAGAACAAUACAGUGUCUUUCACUGCUUCUACAUUACCCAAUGUCUCAGAAUAGCUCGAAAGAUAAGAAAAGAUGAAAAGAAGUCGACCAAAUUAAUCAAUCAAUUAAAUCAAAUUGAUCAAAUGCUGGAUGAAUGUAUGGAAAGAUUAUUAAAAAGUGAAACUUUAGAUGUGACGCACGUCACAUUACUAAUGCGUUGCUGUGCCUAUAGAGAAUUCGAAAAAGAAAAUGAGUUCUUUAAAAAAAUCGAGCAGAGAACAAAAGAGACCGAUAGUAAUAUUACAUCCCAGAUUAUACGAGAAGUUACAUCUUCCAUAACUCAAAAUCAAUAUGUACUGCCACAUCUUAUAGAGAAGGUAGUGAAGUAUAUUAUAAACAACAGAGAAUAUGUCCUUGCACAAACUGUUGCUUACUUUACAAAUUCUUGUUACACACUUGGCUAUACUCCCAAAGAUAUCACCGAAUUUACAGCCGUCGUCAAUGAGAUAAUUUAUAGAGAGCGCCAUAGAAUAACAGGAAAGCUCAUAAUUGAGACUGCCCUGACACUCUGCUACUUUCAACAUUUGUCGAGCGAUUUGAUACGUUUCAUCUUCACGAUGGAUUUUCUUCAGGCACUCGACGACGAGAUUAUUCUGAACAAGGCACAUUUGUCGUAUCCCAGUAGAGUACGAAAUAGUCUCAUGAAAUUAAAUCGUGCGGUAUGUAUUGAGUUUCCUGAAGAGGAUGUACCCUGGUUCCACAGGAGAUACUGCGAAGAAGAAGCGACUAGGGACUACAGAAAUCCGAGAAUUUUCCACAAGGAAGUUGAUCAAACUCUAGCAGCGUUGGUAGAUGAGAAAAAUAUUCGUGUUAACGCGUACUCUCCUUAUUACCAUAAGAUAGACUUUCUGGUGCAGAAUAAAGAAAGUAAAAAGAACUUCAACGACAGAGGGACAGCCUUGAUCUUACAUGGGCCCAAUUCGUUCUCUAAUAACGGAACCUAUCUAAAGGGAGUUUAUGAAAUGAACAAGCGUCAGUUGCAGAUACUAGGAUAUAACGUCAUCACUUUAAAUCAUUACAUAUGGAAUUCCAUGGCUCUGUCUGAAUCGAGCGCGAAACUGAAGUACUUGUCUGACUGCCUUCAAGGAAAAUCUGAAAAAGCGAUUUGAAUUAGGUGCAAAACAUUUGUGGAAACCUCCAUUGUACCAAAUAAAUUAGUUCAAUUGUUCA